GUUCUCUUUCACUUUCAGCGUGGUCUGUCGCAGUGAGGAAGUGAAAUAAGUUGCCUUUUUUUCUGGGAGACUCUCGUUAAUUCAGAUUAUGGCACUGACAAUCAAUGAAAAUGCACUCCAAAGAAUGUUAAAGAGUUACAAAUGCAAGGAUCUGACUGCGCAGGAAAUCAUUCAUGUCAUUAUCCAGUACAACGAUCUCAAGCCUGUUAUGGAUUUAUAUGUGUUUAAUGAUGGCUCCAGCAGGGAAUUGAUGAGCCUGGCAGGGACUGUCCCCAUCAACUACAGAGGAAAUACUUACAACAUCCCCAUCUGUGUGUGGCUGCUGGAUACCUACCCUUAUAACCCCCCCAUCUGCUAUGUGAGGCCCACCAGCACCAUGAUGAUUAAGAAAGGGAAGCAUGUGGACCCCAAUGGCAAAGUCUACCUGCCCUACCUGUACGAAUGGAAACAUCCUCAGUCAGACCUGUUCAGCCUAAUCCAGGUGAUGAUUCUGGUAUUUGAGGAGGAGCCACCCGUCUUCUCACAACCCACCACACCAACUCCACACCAACCCUUCCAGACAACAAGCCCAACCACUGAUCCCUUUAGCACAUCUUCAGGGGAUCUGCCAGAGAGAGCUGCCAGCGGUUCCCUUGCUGGAGCACUUUCCAUCAUCUCCAUUGAGGAAACAGAUGAAGCUCAGUCGCUGGAGUACAUCCAACUUCAAGAGGAACUCUCAUUGCAUGAGAUCCUGGAGACAUUCUCCAUGAAGAACAAAGAAGAUGGAUCCACCCCAGUUGUGGUUCGCCGAAAAAGUGUGCUGAAGGAUGCUUUGACUCUUUGUAAGAAGAGUUAUUUUUCUUGGAAGAGGACACCCCAUGUGGAAUUUAUUGGGGAGGAGGCUGCAGAUUUGGGGGGAUCCAUGAAAGAGUUUUUCAGGCUUUUAAUGAUGGAUGUGGCAUCAGCUUAUGGUGUCUUUGAAGGUCCUCAAGACAAGCUCCUAUUCACGUAUGAUCUCUCAGCUCUGGAAGAUGGGAAAUACAGGACAGCUGGGAUGCUCAUAGCCUGGUCUGUUCUCCACAAUGGACCAGGCAUCCGUGCUCUGCAUCCAGCACUAUUUCAGAUCAUGUGCAAGCAAAAAGCAGACCUGCAACACUUUGACUAUCAUGACAUUCCUAAUGAGAAAGUUCAGAGCAAUCUACAGAAGAUUCAGCAGUGUGUAACAGAGAAACAACUUAUGUCUUUGUGCAGUGAACUAGGAGAUUGGAUAUCAGAUUGUGGAGUUCCUAGAAUUUUUACUGCAAAAAUCAAAGACAUACCUACUAUUUUUGAUCAGGUUGUGAAGUAUUAUAUUUACUUCAGGACUGCAAGUGUGAUUCACCAGUUCAUUGAGGGGAUGAACAUGUGUGGGAAUCUGUGGAGUCAGGUUGAGAGGAACUGGGUGGCAUUCCUACCCAUCUUCACCAACACAUCUGGAGAAAUGUCACUGUCUUCAUUUAAGGGCCUCUAUAACAUCUCCUGGUCCCCACAAGGAAGCAACCAGAGAAGGAGGGAGGAAGAAACCAUGUUUGGAUGGGAAAUGUUCCUCAUCGCAAUUCAAGAAAAGGCCACAGAUGUGACUUUCAAGGAUCUGCUGGUCUUCUGGACAGGCAUGGAUUCAGUGCCCAGUCUUGGGUUCUCAAGGAAGCCAGUCAUUGAGUUUUAUGAGCAGGAGGGUAGCUCACGGAUACCAUAUGCCUCCACCUGCUCACUGACUCUCUUUCUACCUAGAGGAGUGGAGGAGGAGAUGGAUGCACUUCUUACCAUAGCAAUCAAAGAGUCAUUUGGCUUUGAGACAGUUAAAGGCACCACACAUUGUUGGUGAAGGGGACAAAGUAUCAAGAAGAAAGCUUGAAGAUGCUUGAAUGGAAUGAUCCAUAUUGUGAAUGCUAUACAUUUUUGAUCUUCAAUUGCUUAUAAAUAGCAAAAGUUCAAAAGAAAACUUAAUGAGUAAAAAAAUGAUGUAUGUAUACUAUUAUGUAUUGUUUACAUUUAUUCAAAUUGUUACUACAGAGAUUAAAGAAGCACUAAAUCGUUUUUACCUUAAAAUAAUGUUUCCAAAAUCAUUUUGAUGGCACAUAAACUCUUAUUGGGGCAAAUGGCACUUCUGCCGCACUUUGAGUUCCUGCUAUGACUAACAAAAAUGUGUAAUUUACCUCUAUACCAACAAGUUCUGAAGAUAUCAUUUUCAUGCGCACAUAUGUCACAGACAAUGUAAGUCACUGUGGUUAUUAUCACUGAGUGAUAAAAAUACAAAUCGAGAGGCAGCAUUCCC